GCUUCCUUGUGAAGAUGGCGGCUCCCCUGACUCUACUUUUGAUUGUAGCCGUUACGGUCCGCGCAGCUCUGUACAGAUCCAGUUUAGCGGACCUGAUCUCGGAGAGGGUGGAGGUGGUGUCUCCGUUAACCGCCUGGAAGAGAGUUGUUGAAGGAUUGGCUCUUCUUGACUUGGGAGUCUCACCGUACUCUGGAGAUGUUUUCCAUGAGACUCCUCUCAUCAUUUACCUCUUUCACUUUGUGGUGGACUAUGCAGAGAUAACAUUUAUGUUGGCAGAUGUGAUCACUGCUGUGGCUCUCUACAUGAUAGUGAAGGACUACAACAAACAAGUGUUCAGAAAGCAGAAAUUUGCUCUGGAGGCAGACCGCUAUCCCCUCGACUGUCUGGAGCUCAUCAGAAGCCCAAAAGAGAUGUACUACAUCCCUCUGAAAGUUGCCAUGUUUUACCUGUUGAACCCUUUCACCAUCCUGUCCUGCGUCGCCAAGUCAACCUGUGGCCUGAACAACGCCGUCAUCGCCCUCUUCAUCCUCGCUACAAUAAAAGACAAUGUUUUGCUGAGUGCCAUAUUUCUGUCCUUGGCCACAUAUCAGUCCAUCUAUCCUCUCACUCUGUGCGCCCCAGCGCUGCUCUAUUUGAUGCAGCAUCGGUAUAUCCCACUGAACUUCCGGCGGUUCAGCUUCUGGUGGUUCAUCGCUCAGUACGCCUUCAUGUACCUGGGCAGCCUGUUCGUCAUCAUCUGCCUCUCCUUUUUCCUGCUCGGCUCGUGGGACUACCUGCCGUCUGUCUAUGGCUUCAUUCUCUCAGUACCAGACCUGACCCCAAACAUCGGCCUCUUCUGGUAUUUCUUCGCCGAGAUGUUUGAACACUUCCGCCUCUUCUUCCUCUGCGUCUUCCAGAUCAACGUCUUCUUCUACACCAUCCCGCUGUCCAUCAAACUCAAGGAGCAUCCGGUGUUUCUUAUCUUCAUGCAGUUAGCUGUGAUCUCCAUCUUUAAGUCUUACCCCACUGUGGGAGACAUUGCUCUCUACAUGGCCUUCCUUCCUGUCUGGAGUCACCUGCACAGAUUCUUAAGGAACAUCUUCCUGGUGUCCUGCGUCCUGCUCGCUUGCUCCGCUCUGUUCCCAGUUCUCUGGCACCUGUGGAUCUACGCUGGCAGCGCCAACUCCAACUUCUACUACGCCAUAACACUGCUGUUCAACGUAGCACAGAUUCUGCUGGUGUCAGAUUAUUUCUAUGCCUUCUUGAGAAGGGAACACCAUCUCAGCUACGGACUGUAUCUGAAGAGGAAAGACGGCUCAGAGGCAACACUAGUUCUUAAAUAAAACACACACACUCAUACACACAUCGCUACACAUACACAUACGCUACCAGGCUGGCGGCCUUGACCAGGAACGGAGAAACUGCUGGAGGUCUCAUGUAUCCACAAAGGGAACAAACACAAACUGAGGAGGACAAAAGACCGUCAGAGCCACAGUUAUCCUCCGAACACAUGCAGGGAGUGUGUGUGUGUGUGUGUGUGUGUGUGUGUGUCUGGUACAACGUCAUAUGCAAAGUCACAACACUCAACAUGACAGACACAUGCAGAGAUGGGAUAUAGAAAUCUUGUUCUUGCCAUGCGAGACAAACAAACAACAAUUUGACAUCCUUUUUCCACUUUCUCCUCUGGAGCGCUCUUAUUUUGAAGUCUCACCCUUACCUGGAACCUGCGCCUGCAAGGGUGGCUUUUAUUUUGAAGCCUACUUCCUAGAAGAAUUUUAUUUUGACGCACUGUUUAUCCUGCUGCUCUGCCCUGCGAAGCACCAGCUCUCACACAGAUUUUUUUUCUUGAAGGAAGUCACUCUGCUCUGCUGGGGCUCUUAUUUUGAAGCGCCAGCUCUUACGCAGGUUUUUUUGUUUUUCUUGAAGGAAGUCACUCUGCUCUGCUGGGGCUUUUAUUUUGAAGCCUCUUUAAAUAUCAAAGGGUGGAAACCCUCUGAUUUGAUAAUUCCUGAUAUCCACAUUUUAUUUGCGUUGUUUUAUGUUUACCUGAUUACAUUUGAGGUAAAACUGGUUUGCUUUUUUGGGGGGGAAACUAUUUUCAAAAGUUUGUCUGGAAGCCUACAAAUCUGUCUGUCUAUCCCUCUUGUCUUUCUUUUUCUCACUCUGUCUUACUUUCACUCCUUUUUAUUACACAGUCGGCUCUUUAUUGAACAAACUCCUGAUUAUCAGUGUUGCAUCUCGUCUAAAGUGAAAACCAAUGCUUACCUCAUCAUGGUACAUAAAACUUAACUUCAGCCUCCUGAAAACAGAGAUAUUUAUUUAAAAAUCACUCCCCAACAGAAAGCUAGUCUGAUAGAAACAUCUGUGAAUGUGUUUAAACAACUGAAGUGCUGAAGGAGGCUCAACAGUGUUUUGUGUUUGUGAAAAUUACAAUUUCAUCAUUUUAAUCCCCAUGAAAGAUUUCACAAAGGACACAUUUCCUGUCACAAAGCAAAAGUGUGGGCUCAUAAUGUGGCACCUAACUAAUCACUAAAGGCAUAAAGGUUCUGUAUGUAACUUCCUACAUCUAUUAAUCAUUUUAAAUAGCCAGUGCAUGAACAGGUUGUAAAGUACCUUAAAAACGGAGACAUUUCCCAACUUCCUCUGUUGCCUGUAACAACCUGUGAACAGCAAUGUUCAGUGUGAGAGAAUCCAAAGAAUGUGAUGCACAUGCUGAACCUUAACCAAGAAAUCCCUGUUCAGCAAAGAACCCUCAAGAUCAGUGGUCCCCAGCUGGUCCAGCCUUGGGGUCCAGAUAUCCCCUUAGUCAUUAGUUCAAGGUCCACACAGUUUAAUACAUUGAGCGUCAUACUUGCGUUUGGCCAUGGCCAUGUCGUGGAACUAGUUUGCUGUCUCUGUCAAGGAGUUGUCCCUUAGUCACUUGCUCCACAACAGAAAACAGCACUUCAAGGUAAAAGCUUUGUGCUGGAAAUUCACUGUACUUAAAAAUAAAGUGUGAUUUUUACAAAUUUGACACGUUUGCGAGUCACUUGUGGUCCAUUCAGAACGGACUUGCGACCCCCCAGUUGGGAACCACUGCUAGAGACAAACUUCUCCCAACCGCGUGCAACAUUAGCUAAAGUUAGCUUAAAAAUGGUCCGCUAGCAUCAACAAACAACUGGCACCCACCACAUAUACUCCGUUUCUGUGAUAUAAACUUUGCAGCAGCAGCUCGGAGACAGACUUUAAUUCACGGCUGAGGUUUGCGCUGGCUGAGGGUCCAUCUGCUGAGCUGCCGUCUGCUCUCCCCCCAGUGAUGUUGGGAGCGUUCGUAAAGCGUUUGUCCAAUUUGAUGUCAUUUGAAGUAACGGAGUGUUUUAUUUCCACAUGAAUUAAAAAACGGUUAAAUAUUAAUCACACAUUCACUCUGUGCGGCGCUCUGCUGCUUGAGGAGUGUAGUGUCCGAAUAACAGAUCGAUACAUUCCCACAGCGCUCCAAAUUUAUGAACGGUCCAGUUGGUGCCAGAGUGCGCUCUGAGCAGCGGGGUGCGCUGGCAAAUUCUUGUCUCAUUUUUGGACUGAUGAACAGUAAAUUCGUUAAAUUCAGUGCCCCUUUGUGUUAAAAAAAAAUAUGACAUGAAAUAUUGUGAUUGUGUGGUUUAAGCUGGCUGAUGCUAACUCAUGCUACCAUCCAUGCUAACACAGAAGAAUUGCUUGGUAGCUAAAGUAUCAAAAUACUGUAUUCAGUGGACAUUAGCUAUUUCAUCCGGACUCCUGGGAGUGGUUAGAAAAUUAGUUUAUCAGCUAAUUUUAGGAAACAAUCAAUGCCAGGUCCAUGCAGCGUAGUUAGGUUACAGCUAGCUGCGCUGCCAACAAGCUAACAAGAUUAGAGAGCUAGCUGUAAAGCUACGCUGCAUGGUUUCCUUGAUUAAUGGAAUAGUUAAAUGAUUUAUAUUGAUUAAUUGUUGCUGCUCUAAUUGGGAUAGGGCUCAUAUUAUUCUCAUCUUUCAAUUUGAUUGUUUUUCCUUAAUGUGGAAACAAGAAAACCACGACUGCAAUCAAGAAUGUGCUGCUUAUACAACAACGCUGCCUUUUAGAAGCUACUGACACACAUCUCCUUACAAACCUUUCUUUAGGGAUUUAAGUCACGCCCUUAAAAUAAGCCUUAAACAGCCUCAGAGGUGUCGGGACACUGGUGUAAAGAUCAAUUUUCAGUUUUUCUCUUAAGUCCACAGAUGAAUGUUUUUGUUUAAUAAUUGUGAAAAUAAUCAUUUAGGCCUAAUUAAUAACAAAGUUCACAAACAGACCCACCAGAAUCAUUUUCUCAUCAUGGUCUAAAUAGAAGCAUUAACUGUUCAUUAUUGUGAACUGUUUUUUAAUAUAAAAUGAAAAUAAGAGCUCACUGUACAAUUACAUAGAAAUGUUAUCUGUGCAACACAAACACAAGUCUGUUCAGUUGUUUUUUAAACCACUCAUCUGUCUGAGCAGAACUUCAGUGAUGGCCAUUUUGAUACCAAUGAGUGAAGUGAUGAUAUUUAUUUAUUUUGCUGCACUAAAAACUUUGCAAAGAGAUUUAAUUUGUUUUCUUUGAUUAUUUUUAUUUUAGAUAAAGGCAAAGCUCUUCUGUUGUUUUUGAUACUGUAUAUAUUUGUGUUUUGUUUUGUUACAGAUAUUAAAAAUAAAAGGUUUGAAAGGGGCGAUGUUAAAUUUUAUGAAUGAGUGAACAUGUCAUAAAUAAUGGUUAUUAAA